GAGAAGUUUCGUGAUCUGUUUUCUUCACCCAGCACCAGCAUUGUUUUGUGACGAUUCCGAUUUAAGUUUGAUUUAUGCCUUUCGAGGAAGUAUCAGUAUGAUUCCAUUUGUCUGUGUGUUGCCGAAACCCUAUCAAUCGGGAAUCCUUUUUCAUCUGCCGUUUGACAUAUUAGCUCUUGCAACACUUCACAAGUACGCAAUCUAAUCGACAAGAUGACUAGAACUGAAAUUGAUCUCUUAAGUACUCUGGACUUGCGCGGUGCGCGACCGAGUAAGGAACGGGUGGAGCAGCUCACAACGUCCCCGGUCGUCAGUAACUACCCCGCGAAGUUCUGGCCUUUCGAUGGGGCUCCGCACAUGUGGGGACCGGGCGAGGUCUGGGUCCGACUAGGAAAGGGCGCCUCCUCGUGUGCGGCUGCGCAGGAGUGCCGAAGGACGCUCGACGCAGGCAGGCCGCUCGAUGUGGCGCGCGUCGUUGCAGAAAAGGACCCGCAGAUCGCGAAGGCCCUGGCGGUGUUGAAGAGCAAACCGGAAUGGUACAGCGACGCGGACGGGUUUGCAGAGGAGGCGAACUUGGGCAAUGUCUUGGAGGAGUUGAAAAAGCAGGACUGUGUGCCGGAGUGGCUGGACUCCCGGCAAAAGCUUGGCACCUUCUGGCCGGAGUUGUCAGUCAAGCCGGGGCGUUUGUGGGUAGUUAAGAAUUGUCAAAUGACUACCGAAAAAGACAAUGACGCACUGGGAGAAGUUGCCGCGUUGCUUACGCUCAUCGACGGGAAGGCAACCUGGGCACUCGCGCCGCGCGGCCCCAUUGUGCCGGUAGGCAUGACGGACACAGUGACGCGCCACUCCAUCGGUCUAUACCGCCGCUGCCGCUUCAUCGGAAAUGUGCCGGCCCACCUGGUCCGCGACAAUUGCAUCUGCACGAGCCAGAGACUUAACAAGCAGGCGGCGCUGCGGCUCUUCGAGCAGUUACCCCUCUGGUGGGGCUUUCGGGACAAAAAGGAGCACUCUGACAAUUGGGACGACUACCAUGCUGAAGUGAAGAAAAUGAAGGAGCGAACCGGCGCUGCCGGGCCCGUCCGCGCUGAUAAUCCGGAGAGAACUCUGGUCCUGCCGCUACCAGCAGAAGUCGAGGAGGCCCUCCAGUCCCGCAGCCUGGAGAAGCAAUACAGUGAUGUGCUCCGUGAAUUCGCCACCUUUUUCACGACCGGAAAAGUUAAAGUCGCGAAGCGGGCGAACAUCUUGAACGAAGCGGACAAAGAGAAAGCGCGAGAGGGUGGGAAGAAAAACCACAAGUCGGGAACACCACAGGCGAUAACGAUUGGAGCGACCACCUACCGCCAGUCUUAUGCGGGUGUGCUUAGUAAGUUUUCACGGCCGCUGCGGGGGCAAUACCUCUCGAGGAUGGUGGUAGAACUGCACAGAAAGGUUUGCAGCGUGUACGAGACGCCAGCCGGAGCCACGUCUUCUUCCUCCUCAUCCGCCGCUGCCCGACCGGUCUCAGCCAAGAUGAAGCGCCCAGCCGCAGAGGCGCCAGCCGAAAACGGUGAAGGCGCGCCAGGUCGUGCGCUUGGCACUGAUGCGCUCUGGACCAGCUGCACAGUCAACUACGACGUCACAACCAUUCUCCACCGGGAUUCGAAUAAUUGCCGAGGGUUAUACUCUAUCAAACGCAGAAGUGUCUGGGUCUGGAAAGCAACUUCUGAUGCGCGUCUUGCGUCCCUGAAAAAUCUGUGUCACAUAAGCAGAAAGAAUGCCAGCGUUUUCAUGCUGCAACGCAGUGUUUAGUGCGUACUAGACAUCAAUCUAUGACUAUGAGAAAGAUCGAUAAAAACGCGUCAUGCUUAGCAGUACUUCGAAGUGGAAGUGGUUGUUCAAUUGUCCAGAGUUCAGCAUCACAAGUUUCCAGACCAAGACAUAUUUGCACUUGAUGCGCCCUCUUGUCCUUGCUCUAGGAACUUUUCAAACAGGAGGUCGAUUAUUCGUCCAAGAUGAGGACGUGGCGCGCAGCAACCCUCCGAGGCGCUUGGACGGCAAAGAAGCAAGCGGCGCACCCGGGCACUUUCACUGUACACAGACAGGGAAGAAGGUCAGCGGAUUUUUUUUCGACGUGAAACAAAACCCACUGCUAUUUUGGGGCGGUGUGCGGCACGGUAUUUACUUAUUUACCGCUGUCGUUUUUCGGCGUCGAGUAUUCAUCCGCAUAUCCUAACUGAUCACGAUGUGUAGGCGCAUACGUAAGAUUUCAGAGGCGAAGUAGCGAAAAGCGAGCAACUCGUUGCGUCUGCCUAGCGGUAGUGCAUUCUCCUCUGCAUAUUAUCAACUGAAAAACACAUACAGUCGCAGCAAACAUCAAAUGUAAAACGAAAAUGUAAUGAUCAGGUACAGAACCGUACACGGGGGGAAGUCGCAUGGCGUUUGUCUUUUUCUCGCAUUCCAACAUCUACCGCGUUUCCAAUCCCGCACAGGAAGGUUUGCGCGAUGCUUUGCUGGAGGAUCUCUCCGCGCUCGGAAUUCCGGCCCCCACGCCACAGCAAGUCGAGGAUGCGGCAGCCAGACACCUGGAUAGCACCAGUAAGACCAGCAACAAGCGUGCAAAGGUCCUCACGAAAAAAAGAGACGAAGCUGCAACCACGACCACGAGUGCAGAGCCAGAUGCAGCUGUCCCCGACCAUCCAGACGGAGAACAUGAAAACUUUGAUGAAGAUCGCCGAGAUCCCACGAUUGAGAAGUUUGGAGACGUUGCAGACGAUGUCGGCGACAUGUACAUGGGAUUCGUUGCUAGCGGGUUCAUACAAAUGUGUGACGAGCGACGCAGGGCGCGGGCUGUCGAAGGAGAAGAUGGGAAGUCCAGCAGCAGUAGCAGUGGGCGAAACAUGCUCGCAGAUGACAAAAUUAGUCGACAAACGUCCAAAGCGUCCAGUACAUCGGAUCCCUCUUCCAAGACAAACGCGAAAGCAAAGUAGAUGCCUAUUCCGUUGUGCGAUGCCAUCGAUUUGAAAACAGAAACUCCUACAACACGAACAAGUCGCCUCGGCCGCAACAAAUAU